CCCGCAUGGAUUGCCGUAGUCGAUCUUUCGUCCUUGCUUACAUACGUUUUAACUAAACACAAACGCUUGUCAUUUUCAGAGCUAAAUUACAGUUUAUAACAGAGUGAACCCAUUAGGGAGUUCAUGUCAGAUGUUUUGUAAUUGGUGCAGUUCCUUUAUAAGAUAAGAUCAUGUUUAGGAGACGGAUUCCUUUUAAUCAGAUCGCAUUUGCGACCCUGGUUGGAGUGGUAGGAGGCGUGUACGUGUACAGACCCCUUUUUGAGCCGCCUAGAAAACCUCCAGCUGCACCAAAUGAGGAACUCAUGCCCGACCCAGAGGAACAGAGAGGAGCGGAAACAACCCAGUCAGAUCAUGCUGCAACUGAAGAUGCAUCAGCAACCAAACACUGACCUAAAAACAGAUACUGACUGUACAGAUGUGAGAAGAUUGUGUGCGAGAGAGUUUGAAUAUACACGUAGCCACAUGUGAAUUGCACUUUGUACUUGAUGUCACUAAAGCUUCUGAAUAAAUUACCAAAUUGACA